UCCGAAUUGUUUCCUCCACCGGUUUCGCGUCAUUUCCCAUCUGAAACGAAGAAUAUGUCCACCUGGUCAGCUCUCCGACGAUCAACACCGCCUCUCCGCCGCCUCUCCACGUUCCCACACUCUCAGCUCUGCCGAUUCUCCACCUCGCCGCCGGCGCAGUCACCUCCUCCCCCUUCCUUCACUGCCACAUCAAACCUUUGCAAUAAUCCAAAUGGCGACGACUCGUCGGCGUUUUUGAGGUGGCUCUCCGGGAUCAUCACCACCUCCGUUCUUUCUCUCGCUGUAUAUUCCUAUUCUUCUCCAUCCGUUUCCUUCGCUGACUGGGCAACACCGGCCCCCGCUACCGUUACUGCCGUCCCGUCGUCUUCUGUCGAUCAUCGUCGACCUAAGUUUCUCUUUGGAGAUGCUUUUAGAAGAAAAGUGUUUUUCAAUUACGAGAGGCGCAUUAGGAUGCGAAGUCCUCCUGAAAAGGUUUUUGAGUACUUUGCGUCCUUUCAUGGCCAUGAUGGAGAAAUUUUUAUGACACCAGCUGAUUUGAUGAGAGCAGUUGUUCCUGUCUUCCCACCAUCUGAAUCCAACCUUGUGAGGGAUGGAUAUCUAAGUGGGGAAAGGGGUCCUGGUGAACUCCAAUGUGCCCCUUCAGAAUUUUUUAUGCUCUUUGAUACAAACAGUGAUGGCCUAAUAUCUUUUAAAGAGUAUAUAUUUUUUGUUACACUACUCAGUAUCCCUGAAUCAAGUUUCUCAGUGGCAUUCAAGAUGUUUGAUCGUGAUUGUAAUGGAGAGAUAGAUUUGGCUGAAUUCAAGAAAGUGAUGGGAUUGAUGCAAUCCCACAAUAGGCAAGGUGCUCAUCAUAGUGAUGGACUUCGAGCAGGGCAUAGUUUGGGUGGUCAAGUGGAAAAUGGAGGCCUACUGGAGUACUUAUUCGGGGAAGAUGGGAAGCAGCGACUUCAACAUGAUAAAUUUGUCCAGUUUUUAAGAGAUCUGCAUGAUGAAAUUAUAAGGUUGGAGUUUGCUCAUUAUGAUUAUAAGUUACAAAGAACCAUAUCAGCAAAGGAUUUUGCACUGUCCAUGGUUGCUUCUGCUGAUUUAAAGCAUUUGGGCAAGCUGCUUCGACAAGUUGAUCAUUUGGACAACAAUCCACAAUUAAGGAACAUCCGUAUCUCCUUUGACGAAUUCAAGAGUUAUGCAGAGCUGCGCAAAAGUUUACUUCCAUUUUCACUGGCACUUUUCAGUUAUGGGGAGGUAAACGGGCUUUUGACUAGAAGUGAUUUUAAAAGAGCUGCUUCCCAAGUUUGCGGGGUGCAUCUCACGGACAACGUGAUAGAAAUAAUUUUCCAUGUAUUUGACGAUAACCAAGAUGGAAGUUUAAGCUCAGAUGAGUUCAUUAGGGUUCUAAUGAAGCGGGAAACAGAUGUUGGCCAUCCUACAGAAGCUGGCGUCUUUAGCUUCAUCAAUUGCUGUUGGAAUUGUAGUCGAAACUAUAGAGAUAAGUUGCUCUCAAUGUUAACCUCUUGACUGAUUAGUAUUUGCUUCUAAUUUGAAACAUUCACAACUGGGGAUUCUUUACUCUAUUAUUAUACUGAAAUACAACCUGCUUGAUGUAAUCUGUCUUAUGGGAAGUCUGUAGAACAAACUAGGUAGUAGGUAUCCUGUCCAUAUGUAAUGUAAACCUUAUAAUAUACUUCAUCUCUCCCAUUUUAUAAGGGAUAAUUGUGUCAAAGCAUAGUUGUUUUGGACACAGUUUUUAAUUAAAUAAAUAAGAUUAAUAUUUUUUUUUUUA